AUGGCUGCACGAAGUUUUAUUGGCGGGAUUUUGAGGACUGAAAGGUUUGAUGGCACAAAUUAUGCCUCAUGGAAGCGCAAGCUAGGCUAUGUGCGCUAUGAGAAGGGUUGGCACAAUGUCUUCACUGAGGCUCCUCUAUCUCAGCCUAGAGGAAAUACAUCUCAGGCUAUGAGGGAUGCAUAUGCUGAGUGGGAGCACCAGAAUAUACUCGCAAGGCAUAUCUUGCCUGUGGCUAUGCAUGACUCGUAUGCAUCCAAGUAUGGGCCCAUUAAAACCGCUAAGGGGAUGCAUGAUCAACUUAAGAAGGAGUAUGCUGAUCCUUCUCUUAUGAGAAAAACCCUGGCCAUGAAGAAGUAUAAUGAUCUGAAAAUGGGCAAGGGUGGAAAGAUUGUGGAGCACGUGCACACCUUCAAAGCACUUGUUCGAGAAUUGGAGGCGAUUGAGAUGUGGACCUGGAACCCAUGCAAGUGGUUCACCUGCUGA